AUGGUGGGACGGACAGGUCAUGCUAGGUUGCGUCGUGCUCCAGUUCAGGCUGUUCAGGCUCAGGCUCAAGCUAAGGUUCAGGUUCAUGAUUCCCUAACUUCUCCAUCUCUUUCUCCGCAUGGUCAUAUGGAGAAAGAAAGAGUGCUUGCACCAGCGCCGCUAUUUGUAGUGGCGCAUGUGGUGGCGUUAGUACAGACAGGCUUAAUGCUUGGGUUCAGGAAGCCAAGAUUUAAUGUUGUUGUUGCUGUUGGUGCUAGUGUUGGUGAUAUGAAAUGGAAGGAUGCUUUUGGUAGCAUGAAGAAUGGGAUAAGUUCUUCCUUCCUUUCGUUUGCGACAGGCGAAGGGAGUAGAAGUAUCUCGAGUGUUGCUCUUCCGUCUUCUUCCAUGUUGUUGCGUCUGAUGGUACAAGCUAUUUCCACAGGAAAACAACCAUCUGCCACCGGGAAAAGAUGUCAUGAGCAAGAACAAUCUAGUGAUGGUUCUGGCAAAAAGAGGAAAGUUUUUCCUAAGAAAGUGAUAAGAACUCCGGUGAUAAGUUCAAAAAUUACUGAUAUGCCAGAAGAUGAGUGUUCAUGGAGGAAGUAUGGUCAGAAGCCGAUUAAGGGUUCACCAUACCCACGGCUUAUUACAAGUUUACCUGUUUUUUCAAAUGUCCAGCAUAAAAAGCACGUGGAGAAGGCUAUGGAUGAUCCUAUGAUGUUAAUUAUGACAUAUGAAGAGGAGCAUCGUCAUACACAAGUCGCGAUGUAA